AUGACUGAUGGACCGCUGGUGUUUGUGUUCUGCCAUGGUCUCCUGCAGCUCUCCCAGCUCCUCUACAGCGCCUACUUCAAGAGCAGCCUCACCACCAUCGAGAAGCGCUUUGGGCUCUCCAGUUCUUCCUCGGGUCUCAUCUCCAGCCUGAACGAGAUCAGCAAUGCCAUCCUCAUCAUCUUCGUCAGCUACUUCGGCAGCAGAGUACACCGGCCGCGGCUGAUUGGCAUCGGGGGCCUGCUGCUAGCUGCAGGUGCCUUCGUUCUCACCCUUCCACACUUCCUCUCGGAGCCGUACCAGUACACUGCAGUCAGCACUGGGAACCGCAGCCACCUCCAGGAGGAGCUCUGUCAGAAGCAUCGGCCAAAUCUACCCCCCAGCAGGUGCCACAGUGCCACACAGGACACCCAGAAGGAGAUGGGCAGCAUGUGGGGUCUGAUGGUAGUAGCCCAGCUGCUGGCUGGCAUCGGGACGGUGCCCAUCCAGCCAUUUGGGAUUUCUUACGUAGAUGACUUCGCAGAACCCACCAACUCUCCCCUGUACAUCUCCAUCUUAUUUGCCAUCGCCGUCUUUGGACCAGCUUUUGGGUACCUGCUAGGGUCUGUCAUGCUGCAGAUCUUCGUAGACUAUGGCCGGGUAAACACAGCUACAGUGAACUUGAGCCCUGGUGACCCUCGGUGGAUUGGAGCCUGGUGGUUGGGCCUGCUCAUUUCUUCAGGCUUCCUGGUUCUCACCUCUUUCCCCUUCUUUUUCUUCCCUAGAGCAAUGCCCAGAGAGGCAGAGGUAAGUUUCUGACAGUCCAUGACUCUACUGACAGGAGCCAGAAAAGAGAGGCAUGUGGACUGGAGGUUUGUGUGCAAGUUUACAAUCCCACCGACGGUGCACACAGUAAUAUUCCUCCCCCCCUUCCCCCCUUCCCACCAACAUUGGUGGUUGUCUCAAUUCGCGGCGUUGGCUGCUCUGACCGGUGUGAGAUGGUAUCUCAGGGUUGUUUUGACCUUUUCUUUUGGAGAUCCCAGCUCCUUCUCACCAUUUGUAGGUGCUGUAAACCUCCCCGCGGCAGCCUUGGGGAUGCUGUUUGGAGGAAUCCUCAUGAAACGGUUCGCUUUCUCUUUGCAAACCAUCCCCCGUGUGGCCGCCACCAUCAUCACCAUCUCCACCAUCCUCUGUAUCCCCCUCUUCUUCAUGGGAUGCUCUGCCUCGGCCGUGUCUGAGGUCUACCCACCCAGCACACCAAGUUCUAUACAUCCGCAGCCUCCCGCCUGCCGCAGGGACUGCUUGUGCCCGGAUGCCAUCUUCCACCCGGUCUGUGGAGACAAUGGAGUCGAGUAUCUCUCCCCUUGCCACGCCGGCUGUAGCAACAUCAACAUGAGCUCUGUCACCUCCAAGCGAGCGGUCUACUUGAACUGCAGCUGUGUGACGGGAGUAUCUGCUUCAGCCAAGACUGGAUCGUGCCCCAUCUCCUGUGCCCACUUCCUCCUCCCAGCCAUCUUCCUCAUCUCCUUUGUAGCACUGAUCGCCUGCAUCUCCCACAACCCUCUCUACAUGAUGGUCCUGCGGGUGGUAAACCAAGAUGAGAAGUCUUUUGCCAUUGGAGUACAGUUCUUGCUGAUGCGCUUGCUAGCCUGGUUACCAGCCCCAGCCCUAUACGGCCUCACCAUCGACGCCUCCUGUAUCCGGUGGAAUCUGCAGUGCUCCGGGAGGAGAGGGGCCUGUGCCUAUUACGAUGUUGAUGCUCUCCGGGACAGGUACCUGGGACUGCAGCAGGCAUACAAGAUACUGGGCACGCUGCUUCUCUUCUUCGUCAGCUGGAGGGUGAAGAAAAACAGGGAGUACAAUGUUCAGGGGAAGGCCUCGGGCCUCAUCUGACCCACCAUUUGUGGGGGACUCCCCCCAGCCUUGUUCCUGAGACUGAAUUCUGCCUCUCCACACCUACCUGUAUUUUCUAAUGUCAUCUCAUCUCUCUCUCUCUCUCUCGUUUUUAAAUGAGAGAAAAACUUAAUCACCAUUUGCCUUACCCUCCUCCUCCUCCUUCUCCUCCUCCUCCUCCUCUUCCUC